AUGGAAAAUGCCCUCUCAUGCUGGUUGACCGAGCGUAAUUGUCCUUACAGCAAUGGGGUCGAUGCGGCCAGCAGGCUCGAAUGGGGCCCAGAUUGGUCAAAUCGGAUAUGCGCUCGGGUUUGUCGACUCGACCAAGCGACUGCAGCAGUCCGAGAAGUGGGCCUGAGUGCUGCAGAAGACAAAGCUGCGGCUCGCGCUCUGCAUCUUUCGAUCAUGGCGUUUGCCCUGCAGUGGUCACAGAAUUUGGACACGAAUGAUGACACAUGUGCUACCACAGCACCGAUGGCACAGAAUGAACGCUCCAUGCGAAGAGAGGUCUGGAACCAAGCGCGGCAUGCUCUGCAGUGCCUGAGCGGAAUGAAGUCAUUCAGAAUUGUGUUUGCGAACAUCAUAUUUUCUCUAACACAGCGCCCGUUGGACUGCGAGAAAGAGGUUGGAUUGGAAGAGGUCCUUCAAGCGGGCGAUACCACUAUAUUCUUGGAGGCGGCUCUCAGACAACUCCAUUCUUAUCGUUAUCAAUUUUCACUAUCAAGAGGAAGAAACCAGAAACAGUCCCUGGCGUGUACGCCUGAAAAGGCGAGGGCAGCGCCCUUCGAAAAUGACACGAGUGGCAAUCCAGAAGCCAGCUUGAUUCUAGCUAACUCUGGACAUCGUGACACACUUAAUCUCCUUUUCUGGCUCGGGCUCAUGUUCGAUACCCAAACCGCAGCCAUGCACCAGCGUCCUCCAGUUGUUUCUGAUGAGGAUAGCGAGGUCUCAUUAGUCCAGUCUCUGCGGAGCUUACCAGACGGGGCCCAGAGACCACUGGACUUGGACGGCUGGAACAUGCCAUCAACAAGAAACAGCGGUAAUCACCCCACUGACCUCUGGGGGGACUACAUCCUGCACAAAAGCCCCAACCGCUGCGAUUCUCAUAAGGAGCCCAGGCGCUGGCCAUGCUCUUACGAGGAAGCUGCCACUAUACUGUCGGAUGGAGCGCCUGUAAAAGUACUGCUCUAUCGCCGAGUAACCCAGCUCCAGACACUUGUAUACCGGGGUGCCUUUCCCGAGCGUCUCGAAGAAGGCAUUCGUAAAGCUGUGCUUGUGUACCGUCACUGGCACACCACCUACGAUCGUUUCAUUCGCGACUGCAUCGCCAACCAUAUCACCCUCCCGCCCCGCAUCCAGUCAUGGUAUGUGAUCCUCGCAGCACAUUGGCAUCUGGGUGCCAUGCUGUUAGCUGAUGUGAUUGAAACCAUCGACCAAAGGCAAACCAGCUCAGCUGCCGAGCGGGAGGCUCGCGAGGCCGUGGGCUUUGUGGCUACGCUGAGGAGAGACAAUGCAGUCGCUGUUGCCUCGCUGGCUCAAUGCUCCUUAUAUGAGCAAGGUAAAUCGGUUCAGCCUCGCCAGUUCCAUGACUCGCUUGCUGAGGCGGCAUUCCUCACUGAACCCUUUACAGUCCUUCUCAUCAACACUUUUGUGCGAGCAGGGUGUAUCUUCCUCGACCUGAUUUCAAGCUUUUCUUGCUCAAAUUACGGGACGGAGGACGUGAGCCUUGCGAGAUUACAAGAACACUGUUCCUUUUGUGUACGCGCGUUGAUGUGUCUGGGGCGGAAGUCCGAUUUGGCUUCCUUGGUUGGUCGCACCUUGGCCGCAAGCCUAAGCUUUCACAGUGGAGAAAUCUUUUCUGGCGGUGGGACUGCUGCGUUCGUCUCCUCUGAAAUCGAUUAG